GGAAAGCCUUGGCAGAGCCCCUUCCCGACGGGGUCCAGAGGCGUCUUCGUGACAUGCGAUGGGGGGAUGGAAAAGGCGGCGGGACAGGAGGCCCUGGACAUCUUCAACAGGGUGAGGAGGGUCGCCAGACGCUUGCUGUGCGCGCUGGAAACGCUGCUGUGGAACUUUUGGCCCUCAAUGUGUGCACCGCAAAUUUUUUGCUUGGGACAUGGCCACACUUUGCCGCUGCACAAACUCUCUUGGUUGCCCUUGUUCUUAUCCACCAUGCACUUUCCUCUCAGGGGAAAAGGCAGUUUUGA